AUGUCUUCAAACGGUUCACAGAGCCAGGUCCCAGCUGGAUCAAGUGGAACUACAGCGAAUUCAAAUCAACAACCCGUGGCAAAUUCAGCAUCUACAUCCUCUUCUGGGUCUAGUGCAAUCAACCCUCCUCUGUUCAAAUUGAAGAUUUUGGACGCUUUAAAGAAUAAUAAUUUUGAUCAAUUGAAACAACUUGUCUUAUCUGUUCAAGAUUCUGUCAAUUAUUAUGAGUUAUCCCUUGUGAAGAAUUUAAUCUUUAAUUUGGCUGUUCAAGUGGCUCCAUUACAAAUUAUUCAAAGAUUAUUAUCAGAUGAAGCUAAAGAAUUGGCAAUUGAUGUUAAUUAUCAAGAUGAAAAUGGGAAUGCUCCUUUACAUUUAGCUGCUAUCAAUUCAAGAUAUGAUAUUGCUCAAUUGUUGCUAAGAGAUGAAAGAAUAAAUGAUACUAUUCUGAAUAAUGAUUUAAAACAACCAAUUGAAGUUGCUAAAGAUUUGAAAAUUGUUUCUUUAUUACAAAAUGAAAGAGCACUUUAUGUGGAAAAAGUUGCGAAUGAUUUAAGACAAUCUUUUACAAAUCAUGAUUUUGCAAAAUUAGAUGAAAUUUUAUCAUCUUCAAGAAAUUUUGAAUUAUUAGAUAUUAAUGGUAGUGAUCCAGAAACUGGUGAUACCGUUUUACAUGAAUUCGUUAAGAAAAAUGAUAUUGGAAUGGUUAAAUGGAUUUUAUCACAUGGUGGUGAUCCUUUUAGAAGAGAUAAAAAGGGUAAAUUACCAAUUGAAUUAGUUGGUAAAACUAAUGAAACUAUGAAAAAAAUCAUUAAAGAUGCUUCACAAGAUCAAAAUGUUAUUAGUUCAACUUCUGGUAGAUCUAUUUCAGGUACUAUGAAGGCACCAACUUUCAAAGGUUAUUUAAGAAAAUGGACAAAUUUUGCAUCUGGAUAUAAAUUACGUUGGUUUAUUCUUGAUUCAAAUGGGAUAUUAUCUUAUUAUAAGAGCCAAGAAGAUACAAUGAAUGCAUGUAGAGGUUCAUUAAAUAUGAAGAGUGCAUUAUUACAUUUAGAUUCUUCAGAAAAGCAAAAAUUUGAAAUUAUAAGUAAAAGUGGUGUUAGAUGGCAUUUAAAAGGUAAUCAUCCAAUUGAAACUAAUCGUUGGGUUUGGAGUUUACAAGGUUCAAUAAGAUUUGCUAAAGAUAAAGAAAGAGCACGUUUAUCAUCUGAAACUGAAAGAAAACAAAGUUUUGAUAUUGAAAAUUCUCGUCAUAAUUCUAAUGUUAGUUCAAAUAAUGAUGGGGUUCCUACGAGUAGAGUUCCAACUCAAGUUAGUAGUAAUUUAACUGAAAUUAAGGAAAAUGAAUCUUUAAAUCAAAUCAAUAAUAAUGAUACCUCUGAAAAUAGAAAUGUUGGUUUAAAUCGUCGUCCUUCAGAAAUUGUUUAUAAUAGUGAUGAAGAUAAUGAUGAUGAUGAAUUUGAUCAAGAAUCUAGAGAAAUUGGAUUACCUGAAGAAAAUGAAGAUAUUGAUGUUGAUUCAGGUCCUUAUAUUCAAGAAAUUUCUGUUUUGAAAAGAGGUUUUAGUCUUGAAUUAAGUUCAUUAAAAGAGUUGUUAAUUGGUGUUAAAGGUUCAUUAGAUCAUGAUUCUGAACCUUUAAAUAUUUCAUUAGGUACAGUUGAAGCAUUAAAUAAUUCAUUUGAAAAAUUAAAUCAUUUAGUUUUGAAAAGAGAUGAAAGAUUAAUUCAUGAUUUACAAAAACAAAAAGAUAUUAAUGAAUUAUGGAUUAAUUCAAUAAGAGAUUUAGAAAAUGAAUUAUUAGCAAAAAAUAAUGAAUUACAAACUUUUGAAAGUGAACGUCGUAAUUUGAAAAAAGCACUUACAAGAAAAUUCAGUUCAGCUUCAGGUUCAUUUUCAACUCCAACUACAGAAGUUACUCAAUCACCAUUUGAUACACAAGGAAUUAAAUCAGGUACAACUAUAACCAGUGCUGGUAUUUCAAGUCCAAAUAAAACUGGUCAUGGCCCAUCACCAUUAGGAUUUGGAGUUACAGGUGCUGUUGCCGGUGUUGCUGCAAAAGUUGGAGCUGCUAUUGGUGCACCUGGAAAACCACAAGAACAAGGUACUACAACAACAGAUGCUGGCUCUUUUGUUCCAAAUGAUGAAAAUGUAGACCCAGCUACAAAGAUUGAUCAUCAACCUAUUGAUCCAAUUGCUGGUGGUGCAUCUUAUGAUCAAAAUGAUGCAGAAAUUUCAAGAUUUUUAAAUGAAGAGGAAGAUUCAGAUGAUGAAUUUUUCGAUGCUGCAGAUUUUGAUGAUGAUGAUGAUGAUGAUGAACAAGGUGUUGUUGGUUCAACACAACAAACAGAUUCCACUGUUGCUACAACACCACAACCAAGUGAUUUAGAACAAGAACAACUCAAACAAGAACAACAAGUUGGUGAAGUUUCAAGUACAGGUGUUGAUGAUUCUCAAUUAAGUAAUGAAUUACAAAAACAAAAGAAUUUAGUAUUAAGUAGUGAAGGAUCUUAUAAAGGUUAUGAAUUUGAACCAAGAAAAGAAUUAAGUCUGAAAGUUGAUAAUAGACCAAAAGUUGGAUUAUGGGGUAUUUUAAAAUCAAUGAUUGGUAAAGAUAUGACUAAGAUUUCAUUACCAGUUUUUUUCAAUGAACCAACAUCAUUAUUACAAAGAGUUGCAGAAGAUUUAGAAUAUUCAGAUUUAUUAAAUCAAGCUGCAUCAUUUGAAGAUUCAACAUUAAGAUUAUUAUAUGUUUCAGCAUUUGCAGCAUCAGAAUAUGGAUCUACCACGGAUCGUGUUGCAAAACCUUUUAACCCAUUAUUAGGUGAAACUUAUGAAUAUUCAAGACCAGAUUUAGGUUUUAGAUUUAUUACUGAACAAGUUAGUCAUCAUCCACCAGUUUCUGCUGCAUUAGCUGAAGCUAUUAAAUGGGAUUAUUAUGGUGAAACAUCAGUUAAAUCUGCUUUUAAUGGUCGUUCAUUUGAUGUUCAACCUUUAGGUAAUUGGUAUUUACAUUUAAGACCAGAUUGUAUGGGGAAUGAUGAAGAAAUUUAUUCAUGGAAAAAAUUAUCAACUUCAGUUGUUGGUAUAGUUGUUGGUAACCCAUCAAUUGAUAAUUAUGGUGAAAUGAUUAUAACAAAUAGUAAGACUGGUGAUAAAGCUAUAUUAAAUUUUAAACCAAGAGGUUGGAGAGGUGCAUCAGCAUAUGAAAUGAGUGGUGUUAUUUAUAAUUCUAAAGGUGAAAAAUCUUGGUCAAUUGGUGGUCAUUGGAAUAAUAAAAUUUUUGCUAAAAAAGUUAUUAAAAAUAAUACAAGUAUUGCUACAUCAGAUAAUAAUUCUAAAAAAAUUGGUAAUGUACCAAUUGAAGAUGGACAAAAAUUCUUAAUAUGGCAAACUACACCAAGACCUAAAGUUCCAUUUAAUUUAACAAGUUAUGCCAUUACAUUAAAUGAAGGUCAUCCAGAUUUAGUACCAUUUUUAAGUCGUGGUGAUACAAGAUUAAGACCAGAUCAAAGAGCCAUGGAAAAUGGACUUUAUGAUGAUGCAAGUAAUUUUAAAAAUGAAGUUGAAGUUAAACAAAGAAUGGCAAGAAAACAGCGUGAAGAACAAGGUAUUGAUUAUAAACCUUCAUAUUUUAUUAAAGAGAUUCAUCCUGUUACAAAAGAAGAAUAUUGGAAAUAUAAUGGUGAUUAUUGGAAGUUGAGAAAUGAAGGUAAAUUGAAAGAGAUUGAUAUAUUUUGA